GAAUGUGAAUGUAAAGUGGGAUCGCGAGUCGGUUAACGGAGGUGGGGCGCACCUCCAUAAAGUUCGAAAUCGGACCGCGGUAUCGCGCGCGAACGUACUCGUGUACGAAUUUCUCGGUAAAUUUCAAGUUGAAGCCGGUUCAUAGUGCCGGUAAUACGUCGCUAACAGGGAUUCGUUGUUGUUUGCGUAAACGAAAAGUACAACAUCGCGUGAAAGAUGGACGAAUAUGCGUACACGAGUUGUAUCGGGACAGCGAAGGAUUAGUCGAAAGACACGACCGGAAGCCAACGAUAUGUGACGAGUCGUUAAAUAUCGAUAUACUCUUGCCUGUUGUAUAAUAAUCUUGAUCGCGUAUUGCCUGACCAGAAUUAAGGACGCUCGACGAUGUUCGACAACGACGUUGACAGCUGGUAUGACUGUAAGAGAGACGAUAUUAACGAGAUGCAUAGCGUAAACGACGCUGAGGCCAGAAACGGUGUAUGUCUGAUCGGUUCUAAUCGUUGGAAAAAUGUUGCGUCCGAUGAUAGUCAGAGAAGAAGUGGAACAUCUCGAAGCAAUGGAACGAUUCGCUGUGGUACGAUUGCUACAAGUUGUAGAUCCGGUACGGAAGUUCGAUUCAUUAAUCCGGCAAUUUACGCGGAGACAUUGAACGGCGAGGAUGUAGAACACGAGGUGGAAAUUGAAGCGAAAGUCGGUUCUAGAGACGAUGAACGUUUCGUGAGAAAUAGCGGUGGUUCCGCCGGAAUCAGCCAAAUGAUGUCCACACUGUCCAUCGACAAUGACCUGGCUGCUUCGUUUAUGGAUCACGCUGGUGACCACGGUUCAGCCGAAGAAACGUAUCGUUGUUAUUCCUUAAAUUCACCGACUACAUGCGCAUCCUUACGAUCCGGUGUUGUUCGUUCGAAAUCCGUCACCUCGUGUAAGCAUUCGAAUCGAAUCGAGAGACGUUGUAAAAUUGCCGAUAGAACGGACAAUAGCUACGAUCUUUGUUCUACUAGGGAUAUCGAGUGGAAAAUGCAGAGGUAUACGUUUAACGGACAGCGAAUCGUGCAAGUUUCUACCUCAUCGAUAUCCGGUGUGAGUAUAACGGGGAACGGGCGGAAUGAAUCGGAUGUUGGCAAGAAGAUCACUUACAGCGAGUGGAUGCGAAGGAAACAAGAAAUAGCGCGACGGAGAAAGGAAGAGAAGAACGAGGCUGAACGGCAGAGGCAAAUGGAGGAGGAUAGGCUGGCUCGUGAAAAGGAGGAAAGAGAAUGCCGCGAUAGGGAGAAUUUCGUCAAAUGGUCCGAGAUGAAAAAGAAGGAAGAGGAGAGGAAGAAGGCUGUAGUAGAGAAGGAACUAGAGUUGCAGAAGCAAUUGAAAGAAGUGGAGGAUAAAGCGGCUGUAGCGAAGACUUUGUAUCUUCGUCAGUGGGCUCGUAAAAAGAAAGAAGAAGAGAGAGGUAAAGAAAGGAUCGGGGUUUUCCUUCGUCUCGUUGAUGAUUUGUGCAUUUACGAUGUUUGUGUAGCAUGCCAGAAGAAAGAGGAAAUGAAGCGAAAAAAGCACGAGGAGGAAAGGAAAAAGAGAUUAGAGGAGAGCACGAAAGCGUACGAAAACUGGCGAAAGAUGGCGAAGAACAAACCGAAACCUGCCACGCAAGGGCUUCUGCCUCAUCAAAAAGCCAAACCAGCGUACGUGAAUCCUAUGCCAUGGCAGCGAAUCGUCGACGAUAGCGAGGACGUCGAGCAGGAUGCAUCGAAUGUUGGCAGAAAAACGCAAGCUCAGCCGAGGAUGAGCAGUAAGAGAAACGCUGUAUCUCGCCAGUGAUUAAAUCGUCGAUCGAUUGGAACUCGUUGGAACACGGGGAAGCUACGUGGUUUGCAGUUUGCAGUUUGCAGUUUGAAGUUUGAAGAACGAUCGCAUAGUUUCAUUCGAAAGCGAUUGGAAGCGAGAUAGGAUUGGAAAGAAGCGACGAACGAUACCAAAUAUCAUUGAAUAUGAAUUAAUCUUGGAUCGCAGAUCCAUUUGUCGUGUGCGUGUGCGUGUGCGUGUGCGUGUGUGUGUGGUAUAGAUGGCAGUUGUUUUAGAAAAGACGUAUCGAUUGGAACGAUUGGAACGGUUCUACACGCACCGACGUAUAGUAGAUAUCCCGAUAGACGACUUCAUUUUCUAGCAGAUAUUUUUCGCUUUUUUACAAACUUCGACGUCGGUCCCCCUAUGAUCAAUGGAUAUUAACAUGUAUCUCAAGUUAAUCGCGAACAGCGUUCGAACAGCGUAUCGAUCGAUAUUUAGAUGCGUUAAGCCGAUGUGCUUGAAAGUUCGUAGAUAAUAAGGACGAGAGAAAGAGAAAAAAGAAGGAAUUGAAAGAAACGUAUAGGGAGAGAACUGAAUACUCUUGUUAUUUGUAUUAUUAAUACUAAAUAAUGGCGUACUGUAUAUUACAUGACGUAGAUUCGUUACAUAAUCGUAAGUUUUACACGGGAUCAGGUGAGUGCUUUCUAUUUGUUCGUUACGCCAGGCGUAUUUCGAGAAAAAGAAUUUCAGAGACCAGUGAAAACACGCGACAACAAUCCGAAUACAUACACAAGAGGAUGAGGUACGGUGAGCAUCGGUCAGCAUCUACUUGACGAAACUUUCCUCUUCUUCUCGAAGUCUCUCUAUAUCCGAUUUGUUCAUGAAAUAGUAGGAGGGUUGCCGUGAUUUCUGGAAAUUCAAGCCAACGAUCAUUUCCAUUGAUCGAUUUCCAUUUCGAUCGAUUUCUAGAUAGAGAUUUCUUACUAAAUCUUUGACUAUGCGUUUUGCACCCGCUUUUAUAAGAACGUUGCUUAGUUCUUCGACAGAUGGUAAACCCAUUGCAUAAUGUAAGGCAGUUCUCUCCAACUAAAAACAGCACGUUAAACGUAUAAACGCAUCGGACAAUGAAUCCGAUUUGAGAAGAUUUUACUUUAAGAAUAAAAUUAACUUUUGUCUCGAGAUGAAAUCAACUCUUACAUUGUCACCUAUACGUAGAGUUUCUGGAUACGUUCUAGCAAUGUAGCGAACCAUUUCUUCGUUUUCACGAAGUACAGCGAUGUGGAGAGCGCAUCUGCCCAUCGAAUUCUUUCCCAUUGCCAAUAACUUUCCUCCUCCGUUGUUUGUACCUAACAGUUCUUUCAUUCUCGCUACGUUGCCUGUUCUGAUUUCGUGGUGCACCUGUUCACGUUGUGUCUGUAAAAGUGUCUCCUUAGUGCGUGUUAUUAUCGAUCGUUAUAUCCUUGGAAAAAGCGCUAUAUAUAAUAAGAUCAAUAAGAUUAUUCGUCUUGUUUUACCACGUAAUUUGGAAUGGAUUGUAAAAAUUGUACGGUUGCCUCUCUUCUUCGUUGUGCGGCGAUCUCUACGAUGUUUAUUCCUUCGUCUUCCACGUCUAAAAUAUGGUCGUACCCUUCUAACAGUAGUUCUACUAAUUUUUCAGUUUCACCUGAACAAACGUUCAAACGUUCAAACGUUACAACGAGCUUGACAAAAGUGUUGCGCGAAAUUUGUCCGCAAUCGGAAGUACGUAUUACCUCUUGCCGUCAAAUAAGCUACGUAUCGAUCGAUCUCGUCCAUGUUUUCUCUAAUAUUUGCCAAUUCAGCCACGUCUCUGGCUGUUCUAUACAAUUCGUCUCUGAAACCAACGUUAACUUGGCUCUCUUGAAGCAAAUGGAACAAACCAUCCUUUGGGUAAGAUCGAAUCGCAGCAAAGUGAAUAACGCUUUGACCAUGUUCAUCCUGAAGGAACACGAUUUUAUCCAUAAAAAUCAUUUUGUUAGUUUGAAUCCCUUCUGAAAUUCUAUAGUUUAAUAACGAUCGACGUACUCUGUUUGGAUUGCUAAAGGCUGACUCUGGCACGUCGGAAUCUGGACUUUGCGGAUAACCAGCAUCCUCGUCCCCAUUUUCAUUUUCCACAUUCUCUAUGUUUUCUUCGGCACGAUCAGGGAUGAUCAAUACGUUCGGCUCCUAACAUAUCGUACAGCUAUCUAUACUUGGUGUAUGAAAAUUAUUCGUACGCGCAUGUAUCUAGAGUUGUUAUUUACCUGUUGUUGCGCGCUGUUUUUCCUCUUAUUGGCAAAGUUGUAUAAAUACGUGGCCAGAUAUGUAACUGGAUCGUUUGGACGGGUAUUGGCAACUUCGGUCAAACCUCUGAUCAAUGGAUCGCCGAGUGCUAUAAACACAUUAACUUGGAGAUUAUGUUAUAUUUCGAUCGGAUGAUACAAAUUUUCGCGUGUUUGUUCGUUUAACGUCAACUUACACGAUGCUAAGUAGCGACCCUCUUCUUCUCGAAAUAUCGCUAUAUCAACCGGCUUGUCGUCUGAAAAGCGAAUAAUACUCUCAUUUUCACGUCAACUGGAAGAUACGAAAGGCAAAAACAUAUUGCACCAAUUUCUUCGCUUUAUAAAGCGUAAUAAAUAAUUAUUCGAAUGGAA